UCUCUGCUACCGCGGCACAGCGAGGGGCGCAGAGAACAAGGAAGCAACAUGUGCCGACCAUAAUAACUGCAACACAUCAGCACGGACAGGCACGAGACGAGACGCGAGGAGCUCGAGGACACCCGUCGAACGCGAGACGCUUUUUAUUAAACCAUGAAGAGAGAGGUGAAGGCUGGGGUCAACUUCCUCAAACGCCUGGCUUUGGCACGUGGCAAGCUUGAUGAAACCAAAGCAGAACUGUUUUCUGAGAAGCUACAGAAACUUUUAUGUGAUAAAUAUGAUGAGCACUGGUACCCUGACUGCCCCAGCAAAGGCCAGGCAUACAGAUGUAUCCGGAUAAAUAACGGAGAUCUCUGUGAUGAAAUGGUCCUGAAGGCAUGUGAGGAGAGUGAGUUCACACCCAGCGAGCUAGGCCUUCCGCCUGAGAUCACUCUGUGGAUCGACCCACUGGAGGUGUGUGCAAGGGCUGGGGAGAACAGCAGGCCCUUUACAAUAGCCUGUUUCAAAGAGGAAGACGAGGAGAGCGCGAAGGGAGAACAGGAUGGCUCCUCGGUGGACUCGAACCUGGACACGUCAGAUUACCACUCUGCUACCUCUUCGGAGUGUGGAUCCACUGCGUCAAGCGACACAGAGGAGGAGGCAAAAGAGAGCGAGAAGGACGUCGGCAAGAAGGAAGAGGCAGAAGGCGACACCUACACCAUAGUAAUGGUGCCCAGGAUUCGGAAGCGGCACGGAGAAGGACCAAAUAAGGUCAAAUACGUUAGAAAUAUGAUCCCUGCUAGCCUUCAGUACUUCUACCACCCUACACCAGUUUGGCCUCAGUACAAGAAGGGAGCUCCAGUGUUUCUAAACACAGUGUGCGUGCCUCCGGCACCACCCCCUCGGCCCCAGCAGGUAUUUGGCUACUACAUCUUGCCGCAGCCGUCUCCGCAGUUCAUUCUGCCUCAGGCCACACUGCAGCCAUGGGGAGCAGUGAAGGGUUAGACCGUCCAGGAAGUGUGGGGUGAAGGGGGAUAAAGCCUUCCAUGCUUCCUUCAGCUGAGCCAUGUUGUGUCAGGUGUCUCAGAUCAGCUAAACUUGGGCCAAACAAGAACAUCUUUUACUGUAUUGCUGAAAGUUAUUUUUUUACAACCUCUAGUAAUUCCUCUUUCCUUUUCAUUUCUGGUUUCUUGUACUCAGCACAGAGAUACCACUGAAUGAACUGAGUGAAAACUGUUUUUUAAAUCUGUCACUUCUGCACUGCUAAUUGUUUCACGUACUGUACACAUGAAGAAUGACUUCAGUCACUGGGUGCUAGGACUAACUCAGGAACUUGCAGCAAUAUCCUUAAUGCCAAAUAAUUGUCUUUUCAGCUGUCAGUGAUUUGUUAUUAUCCCUUUGUCACUUCUCUCACAAAUAUGGUCCACAGUUAAUCAAUGUGAUUCAGAGUCUUUUUAAUCUGUUGUAGCUAGAGUAACAAUAUCUGUAUAUUAAGAAGAAUAUUUUUACUAAACCGCUUGUAAAUAAUACACAUCUUAGAUACCAAGACUGACACACACUUUCUAACCUCACUGUCUUAUUGUUGUAAUUUAUUUGGCCACCACUGGGUGGCACUCAACUCACACAUAAUGCAAUUGUAUAUAUAUUUUUUUAUUAACAGUGUCUGCUGUAUUUUGCAAAUCUAACACAAAACAUGGUUUUAAAUAGUUAGUAAAAUGUAUGUUCCAUAUUUAGGUGUAUCUGUUUUGUGACCUGCUUAAAGCUGUGGGCUUUUUUUUAAAGACUUUUAAUGUGAAUAACUUGCUAUGAAAAUCUGCUACAGCUACAUAAAUCCUGGAUACACGUUCACUCACUGAUCCUUGUAUGUACUGUGAUUAUUUAACUGUAUUGAUGCAUAUUUAUUUAAUGUCCAUGCAGCUCUGAAACUCACUUGUGUGCUUUGAGCAGUUUUGCUUUCACUUUCUGCAUGAACUGUUUACCUUCUUACUGCAGCCGAUUAAAUCAAUUCAUAUCUAUAUUAUAA